AUGAAGGCUCCGGCAGGGAUCCGCCGCUCAGCCAGAUACGGCUACCUCCGCUCCCCGCGCCACAUCCCCCGCCACCGCCUGUACCCGGGCCACCCGCUGUACGGCGCAGACUGGAACGAGGAGCAGCACCAUGGCAAGAGCAAGGGAUCGAGCAACGGCGACGGCGACGGCGACUGGAAGUCCAAGCUCCUCGAAACGACCAUCACGACGCUCGGCUCCGUCGCCAUCCUGGGCGGCGUCGGCUUCGCCUACCAGCGCUACUACAAAGCGCAGGUCCUCUCCAAGAUGGAAAACGCCUUCGACGCGGGCUUCUCGUCGCUGGAGCUCGCCUCGCUCGUGCGCCACUCCAACGGCCGCGGCCGCGACGGCGGCGACCGCGACGGCGGCGCCAACGCCAACGCCAACGCCAACGCCAUCAACGGCGACGACGACGACAAGCUGCUGCAGCCCCCCGAAGCCGCGUGGUGGAUCCAGCGCGACGAGCAGCGCAUGCUGGACGACAUCCUGGCGGGGCGGGCGCGGGGCCACUACUACCUGCUGACGGGCGAAAAAGGCACGGGCAAGACGUCGAUGCUGCUGGAAGGGAUGCGCAAGGCGGGCGGCGAGGGCGUGGCGCUGCUCGAGGCGCACGGCGACCCGGAGAUCUUCCGCGUGCGGCUGGGCAAGGCGCUGGACUUUGAGUUCCACGAGGACUACAUCGGCAGCCUGUUCUCGUUCCGCGGCCCGCGCGACACGACGGCGCUGCUGGACAUUGAGCGCGCGCUCGACAAGCUGGAGAAGGUGGCGCUGCGCCGGCACGGGCGCGGCGUCGAGCGCCCGCUGGUGCUGGUCGUCAACGGCGUGCAUCUGCUGCGGGACGACGAGGAUGGCAGGGAUUUGCUCGAGUUGGUGCAGCAGAGGGCGGAGCUGUGGAGCGCGAGCGGGCUGGUCACGCUGGUGUUGAGCAGCGAUGAUUAUUGGAUCUCGGAGAGGCUGAUCCAGCAGGCGACGCGGAUGCAGGUGCUGAACAUCCCGGAUGUGCCGAGGGAGGUGGCGGUCGAUGCGCUCAAGCGGUUCCGGUUCAGGUCCAAGGACGAGGAGGUUGCGCCGUCGGUGCUGCACGAGGUCUACAGCAGGGUUGGCGGGAGGCUGCGGUUCUUGAACCAGGUGGCGAGGGCGGAUAACAUGCUGGAGAUGUGCGAGGCCAUCAACCGGAAAGAGAAGAUUUGGCUGUUGAACCAGUGCUGGAUCCUCGGGGAGGAGAUGGACGACGAUGUCAUGGACCAGCAGAAGUUUUGCGCCGCUGCCAUGGUUCUCGCGUCGGCUUUGGUGGACCUGGAAGACGGCAAGGCCGACUCGACAAGGCUGCCGCAGGUGGAGGUGCACAAGGCGCGCGAAAUCAUGACCCGCGCCGACUUCCUGCAGCAACUGGACCACAUCAACAUUGUUGCCAUCGACUCCAACGCCAUGGUCCGGGCGGACUCGGUCCCCAUGCAAAACGCCUUUCGCGAGAUUUGCAGAGAGCCUGGAUUCAAGGAGCACCUGCAAAGGACUGUAGAUCGCAUCGGCGCCAUCGAGAGUCUGGGGAGAACGCGAGAGCUGGUGCUCAAGGACUUGGUGGGCGAUGGGGAGUAUCAGCUAGCCGUCCGGAACGCCAAGGGAUACGACCUUGAGACAGUCACGAUGAAGGUGAAGCCCCCACCUGAGGAUUCGUAG